AUGUGCACUGAAAUUGUUUGUUGUGCAGGAAGAGAAGUAUGUAGCGCUUGUUGUGCAUGCUUUAAAUGUUGUUGUAAAAUGACUAUGAAGCAACAAAUCAGAUUAAGUUAUGUCUUAAUGAACAUACUUUUCUUUUUAUUUGCUAUCAUAGUUCUCCACUAUGUCCAAAGUCUCUUCGACUAUUUUUCUUCUUAUAUUCAUUGUCCAGAACAAGCAGGAGGCAAGUUAAAUUGCUUAGGAGUAAGUUCAGUUUAUAGAAUAAGCUUUUCGCUUGCUAUUUUAUAUGCAAUAAUAUUGUUAGCAGUGUGGGCUAGAAAUGAAUGCAGCAAGCUUAUCAAUGAAGGUCUUUGGUUACUGAAAAUUUUUUUUAUAGUCGGAAUAUUUAUUGGUUUUAUGUAUGUUGAUUACUCUUUCUUUGACGGGUAUAGAGACUUCGCUCGUAUUUUUGGUGCUAUCUUUUUAGUAAUAUAAUCAGUUAUGCUAAUAGAUAUUUUUUAUAUGUGGGGUUAAAAGUGGAAAGCAUACUAUGAUGAAGGUGCUCAGUGGAUGGCACCAGUAUUGAUUGGUACUGCUGUAGUUCUUUAUGGUUUAACUAUAACCUUAGUUGUGCUUAAUUUUAUAUGGUUUAAUGGCUGUGGAUUGAAUACAUUCAUCAAUGUUGCUAACCUUAUUCUGGUCAUUGCUAUCACUGUUGUCUAACUCCUAGGAUACAACCCUCAUGGCUCUCUUAUUUGUAGCGGAGCAUAGGGUUUAUACAUGACAUUUUUGACAUUUAGUGCUUAGCUUUCAGGAGAAUCUUCAUGCAAUCUUGCUAUAGAUAACAACUCUAUUUUUACCCUUGAGUUAGUUGUUGGAUUAAUCAUUUUGAUUGUAGUUUAAUUAUAUUUAACAUUUGGAACGAAAGAAAGUAGCUAAAAGCGUAUUCCUGUAAGUUAAAAUGUUGAGUUGAAUGGAGCCAUUUUAGCUGAUAAAGAUCAGGAAGAAGAAUCUGAAGAAAACGAUAUUGAUGAUGAAGAAAAUGGUUCACAUCAUUAAAUUAAUAAAUAAAAUAAAGAGCCAAUCCAACAAAACUCUCAAGAACAAAAAUAAUUGAGCCCUGAAGAAAUUGAAUUUGAAAAGUAUCAAAAAUGUGAUAAAAAACUUCGUCCAUAUAUUUAUUCAAACACUUACAUAAUUUUCCACAUUGUUAUGCUAACUUCAUCAGUCUACGGAUCAAUGUUACUUACUAAUUGGGGUUCUCCUGAUAUGAAUGCAAGCACCUUUAACAUGUACAAACCAUCUGAAAGCAGCUAUUGGGUGAAAAUAGUUGUUUCUUGGGCUUCCUCUCUUCUCUAUAUUUGGACUCUCGUGGCUCCCUCUAUUUUCCCUGACAGGGAUUUUUCAUGA